CGCGUUUUCUAACCAAAGAUACUUUGACAGUUGCAAAGUUUUAUAUGAAAGUUUUAAAAGAAAAAAGGAAAGAAAGGUGGUUUCAUUGUGGAAGUGAGAAUUACAGUCAUGUCAGAUCGGAAAAGAAAAAUUGAAGAUACAGUGCCUUGCAUACCCAUUGAGGAACAGACAAUCAAAAAACUAAAAAUUUUGGAUAACCACAAUGGCACAACCGAAAACACAAUUAAAACACAACCCUUCAAGACAGAACGAUGUAACAUCUGUAGACAAUAUCUCAACGAAGUUGCAAUAUACAACGGACAUCCAAAUUAUUCUGUCGAGGAAUUUAUUUCACUGACAGAUCCCAAGUUAAUGUUGUUUACGGGUGAAGAGAGUGAUAUAAAUGAAAGGGACGUACAUCCUGUGCAUAAGAUAACGUACUUCAGCGUAUAUGACAAAAAUGGGCAUCUGUGCCCAUUUGAUACCGGCUUAAUAGAAGCCAAUAAACCUCUGUACUUUUCUGGUUACAUCAAACCUAUUUACGAAGAUGAUCCUACGACAAAUAAUGGGAUUCCGACACAUGACAUGGGACCUAUCAACGAAUGGUUCCUUUCGGGAUUUGACGGAGGCGAAAAAGCUCUGGUGGGAUUCUCGACUUUAUUCGCCGAAUAUUAUUUGAUGGAGGCAUCACCUGAGUACGAACCCAUGAUGAAGAUUUUGAGAAUAAAAAUUCAUUUGGCGAAAAUUGUUAUUGAAUUUCUGAUAGAGGAAGCGUGUCAGGAGCCGACAUACGAAGAUUUACUUCAGUACUUGCUUCAGUCUAACGAUCCGGACCAAACUGAGGACACACUGUUGCGACACGCUCAGUUUAUUUGUGACCAAGUUUCAAGUUUUGAUGAAGCUGCCGAUAGUGAUGAACAGAUGUUCAUUACCACACCUUGUAUGCGUACACUUGUUGAAAUGGCCGGAGUUACGUUUAGAGUGCGUAAAAGGAUGAGGAAAAUUGAAAAUAAGACCGGGAUUAAAAAGAAACCGUCAGCUUGGAGCAAAGCAACGACCACAAAAUUAGUCCAGGAAGUUUUUGAAACUUUUUUCCCCGACCAAAUCGAUCGAAAGGAGAAUGACGAUAAAGGCCCCCGCCGUAAACGCUGCGGUAUUUGCGAAGCUUGUCAGAGACCGGAUUGCGGCAAGUGCGCACACUGUCAGAAUAUGUUGAAGUUUGGAGGUACGGGUCGUAGCAAACAGGCCUGUUUAGUACGGAGAUGCCCGAACAUGGCCAUUCAAGCUGCCAAUGAAGACGCGUCGGAUGGUGAGGACGAUCAAGCCGAUAGUGUAAAUGUGGAAAGUAAGGCGUCACUGUCGAAACGUAUUAUUCACAAGGUCAUGUGGAUUGAUGAAGCUACAUUUAAACAUAAAGCUCGCUCUUAUUAUCAAUCGGCGCAAGUUGGCGAUUUAGUCAUUGAAUUAGACGAUUGCGUCGUACUUAAUUCAGAAGAGCCGAAUCAACCGCUCUGGAUAGCGCGUGUAGGAUACAUGUGGCAAGAACGCGAUGCGACGUUGUUUCACGCACAUCUAUUUUGCCGUGGGUCUGAUACAGUAUUGGGAGAGACUGCGGAUCCACGUGAACUGUUUGUUGUAGAUGUGUGCGAAAAUUGUCCUUUAGGCAGCAUAGUGCGCAAAGCGAACGUGGAAAAACGAACAGUACCGAAGAACUGGGCCACGAAUGGUGGUUUAGACAGCUUACCACCUCGUCUAGAUGACGAUGGGCGAACAUUUUUUUAUAGUAAACGAUAUGACUCGGAGAACAGUAGAUUUGUUGAUUUGCAAAAGGAAGAGGAGGACGAAUCAAUCCCGUAUACACCUUGCGAUUGUUGCAGGAGGCGCAAUCAGAAAAAGAAACACGAAUUAAUUACUUACCAGAACGGUGCUGUCCACUGGUGCGGUGAUAUUUACAGGGUAGGAAGUGGAGUCUUUCUUGAACCAGAUGCCUUCAGUUUCAAAUCUAAUGCUACACAUGAUACCACUAACUCCUCUAAUCAGAACGAAAAUCAUGUUAAUCACGAGCUGUACCCAGAGUAUUAUCGUAAACGUAGCGAUAAUUUGAAGGGAUCCAAUGCAGAGACGCCCGAUCCGUUUUGUAUUGCAUUAAUUGAAGAUAUUGUUGAAUUUUCAAAUGCUGUGAAAAUUCGAGUCCGCAAGUUUUACAGGCCAGAAAAUACUCAUGAAGGUUCAUUAUUAUCUUAUCGGAAAGAUUUAAACCUUGUGUAUUGGUCCACUGAAGAAAAGACAGUAAACUUUAGUCUUGUAACUGGUAAGUGCUACAUUGCUUGUAGCAAUGCGCUGGAGAUUCCAGUUGAUGAAUGGAGCAGCAGAGGACCUUAUCGAUUUUAUUUCACUCAAGCUUAUGAUGAAAAAAAGCAACUGUUUUAUGAUGUACCUUCGGAGGGACUUAAUAUUGGAUUAAUAAGCAAAGGCAAAGGCAAAGGAAAAGGCAAAUCCAAACAGGUUGAUAAGCCUUCCAAAGAUCUGGCUCCUGAAUGGGACGUUCCACGAAAAUUAAAGUGCAUGGACGUAUUUGCCGGUUGUGGUGGAUUGUCUGAGGGCCUCCAUCAAGCCAAAAUUGCAGAAACAAAAUGGGCGAUUGAAAAAGAGCCUGCAGCUGCACGUGCGUUUAAGUUAAACAAUCCGGAUGCGAUUGUAUAUACAGAAGAUUGCAAUGAGCUGCUGCGCAUGAUUAUGUCAGAAAAGGAAAGUAAACGUAAGGGACUGCCAAGGAAAGGCGAAGUAGAGCUAUUGGUGGGUGGCCCUCCGUGCCAAGGUUUUUCCGGAAUGAAUCGUUUCAAUGCAGGCCAAUAUUCAUUGUUCAAAAAUUCGUUAAUCUCUUCGUAUCUCAGCUUCUGCGAUUACUAUCGACCGGCGUACUUCAUUUUGGAAAAUGUCCGCAAUUUUGUAUCAUUUAAACGAAGCAUGGUCCUAAAACUGACGCUACGUUGUCUACUAGCAAUUGGUUAUCAAGUGACGUUCGGUGUCGUGCAGGCAGGACACUACGGUGUGCCACAAACCAGACGUAGGUUGAUUAUAAUGGCUGCCGCACCCGGAAUGGUUCUACCUGCUUAUCCCGAACCCCAACAUGUUUUUAGCAAGAAGGGCUGUCAACUUUCAGUGCCGGUCGACGAUUUUAAAUUCUACACCGGUGUAAAAUGGGGCGCGUCAGCUCCUUAUCGUACUAUAACGGUACGAGAUGCGAUGUCCGAUUUGCCCAAGAUUCGAAAUGGCAGCAAUUCGCAAAAGAUGCCUUACGAUUCUGAACCUAUUUCGCAUUUCCAAAGAGUCAUACGCGAUCAUAACGCAACAGAUUGUGUUAUCGAUCAUAUUUGUAAGGAGAUGGCGCCAAUUGUGGAGUCUCGCAUGAGUCACAUUCCUAUUUAUCCAGGAGCAGAUUGGCGAGAUUUACCAAAUAGUGUUUUAAGAUUAUCUGAUGGGACUUUCACCAAUAAACUUAAAUAUCCUUACAGGUUUAAGAAGCAGAAAAGUUCUGAGCCGUGCAGAGGCGUGUGCGCCUGUGCUGUUACGGGUCACUGUGACGCAGCUGAUCGUCAGUCAAACACUCUUAUCCCAUGGUGUUUACCACACACAGCUGAUAGGCACAACAAUUGGUCGGGAUUGUAUGGACGACUGGGUUGGGAUGGAUUUUUCAGCACAACCGUCACCAACCCUGAGCCAAUGGGGAAGCAAGGAAGAGUGUUGCAUCCAGAGCAGCAUCGUGUUGUUAGCGUGAGGGAAUGUGCACGUUCCCAAGGCUUUCCAGACAAAUAUCAGUUUCAUGGAAAUAUUUUAGACAAGCAUCGACAAGUUGGUAACGCAGUACCACCUCCCUUAGGUGCAGCGAUUGGUAAAGAAAUUGCAAAAGCUUUAACAUUAACCCUUAAACCGGUUAACUAAACUAUAUACUGUCGGAACUUAUAAUUUUGUAGUUCAGAUCUAUUCUUCUUAAUGUCUACAGCUAACCAAUUUUAGAAUGUGUUUGUUAUAAUUUUGUGUAUUUUGUAGUUUUGCUUAGUUGACCAUGACUAUGUAGGCAUUAUUAUUAUUAUCUGGCUGUUGUUAUAAUUUUAUCUUUUUUAUAAAAAAAGACCCGCCUGAAUGUACAAAAUGUACCUA